AACCUUGAAUAUGAAAACAAACAUGGCCGACGAAAUGGAAGUUGACAGAGAAGUCGCACAGAAACCUGAUAAAAUGUUUACACUAAAGAAAUGGAAUCUUGUAGCCAUGUGGAGCUGGGACGUUGAAUGCGAUACAUGUGCUAUAUGCAGAGUACAAGUCAUGGAUGCCUGUUUAAGAUGUCAGUCUGAGAACAAACAAGAUGACUGUGUUGUUGUUUGGGGCGAGUGCAAUCAUUCUUUCCACAACUGCUGUAUGACAUUAUGGGUAAAACAGAACAACAGAUGUCCAUUGUGCCAGCAGGACUGGGUCGUACAACGUAUAGGAAAAUAGUUCAACCCAACUUUGUUAAUAAACAUAAGGAGUGGAAGUGUACUGAUGAAAUGUUACUUGUAAUAUUUAUAAAUUCUAAUAACAGUACAUGUAUUGGGACAUACAACAUAGUGAAACAUUGAUUGUUGACUAUAAAUUACCAUGAAGUAUGGAAAUGCAGUGAUGAAAUGUUAUUUGCAAGAUGACCCUUGUAAUAUUUAUAAUUAAAUGUUUUAACCGAAUUACGUCCUUUAUAAUAACAGUAUUGGGACAUAUAACAUUACAUUUAGAAAAACAGUGAUCGUUGACAAUGAAUUACCAUGAGUAUGGACAUGCAGUGAUAAAAUGUUUUAUGUGAGACACUUCAUGUAAUAUUUAUUUAUUAAUUACUAAAAGAAUGAUGUCCCGAGUGCAAGCAGUAUUGAGUUGUACAACGGACAGGAAAAUGCAGAUGUAUAGUUAAGAAGAAUUGUAAUGAAUUAAUCAAGGGUUAUACUUUAAAUCUGGUAAAUAUACAGGUUGGUUUUAUUAUUUACCAACAGUUACUGUGCUACAAGUGAAUUUAAAACCAGCAUGAAUAAAUCAGCAUUGAUGUCAAUAAAUGUAGACAAGGAAGAAUCAGGUUUAAAGCUGUGGCCUGUUGUUGAGAAAAGUUACACAAACAAUAUCUGAUCUACAGUUUUCAGUAUAUCCCUUGUAAAUAUUUAAUGAAUCAGUUUAACAAGCAUUCAGCUGCUAUGUUGAAUGCCAGUCGAUGCAGAAGUUGUUUUCUUGAAGUCUAAAUACAUAAAUCUACAAACAUCGGUAUAAUUAUUGUAUUAGUUGUUGAUUAUUUUGCUAUUAUUUGAAAAACUUAGUAUAUUUUUGAGACAGGUAUCAUGCUGAAGGAAAAAAUCUACUUCCAGGAAGCAGACACAAGUUCUGCCAUUUAAAACAUAAGCAAACUGAAAAGUACAGCAUUUGAAAGACUUGUAUAUAAAAUGAUUACAUUGUCAUACAAUUCUGUAGGUUUGGCCAAAAUGGCAUAUUCUUUGGGAUAUAAAUUUUUAGUUUAUGGAAUAAAAAGAGUAAGGAUUUUAUAUUUUUGCAGGGUUUAAUUUCAUGGAUUGGCGUAAGCACUAAAAUAUGUCUCCCCACCAAUAAUAAUUCCCAAUUACUUGUAUUUUGUGGGGGCAUAAAUUCUAAAGAUGAAUUAAAUGGGACUUUGUUUAUUAAAUUUGUAGAAUAUUGACUAGACGACCAAGUAUAAUUUCACAAUAAUGACAUACUAUGAUUUAGGAGGCAAUUGUUAAUAAUCUGGUUGACUGAUGUAGUAAUCAGCAGGUGUGUUGACCUAGUUGUGUAAUACCUGUUCAACACUGUCCAUAGGUGUGGCCAGAAGCCGUUGAUAAUAUUUGUGCUGAAUAAACCAUACCUAAUAUAUGUGCAUUAAAGAUCCCACUUAAUUUGCGCUAAUAUAGUGUUAAUUGACAUUCAGCGAGUUUCUGAUAUUAUAAACGCCUGGGGAAAUCUGAAGGAGUUUCCAUGUAACACCAGAGUAUCGAUUUUCUAUAAAUAGCCUAAUUAACGUGAUCAUUUUUGCACUUGUUUGAAAUGAAAAUGAGGCAAUGCUGCUGAAAAUUCGGCAAUUUUCGGAGAUCACUAGGUUAGCAUUAAUUAAUAUAGUAUCUUUCAAUUUGAUAGCUAUGACGCACAUUUCAAGUUUCUUCUGACAAAAAUUGUUACAACUUGCUGGAAAAUCUAUCAGAGGUACAAACUGGUAUUUGUCUAUGGCCCGGAUAUGUUCGGAAACCUUCGUAAGAACAUUGAUUCUUAUCGGUCUUUUCCGUGAGAAUUCCAUUUCUAUUUUUAGCCAUAGAGUAUUGCUUUCAAAAGUUAUCGUUCUUUAUCAUACAGCCGUAUAUUUCGGGUGUAAUAUAGGUGGCGCUGCAGUCGGAAAACAGGUUUCCCCAGGCUGUCAAUUUGCAGGUAGAAAAAAAGUUAGAAAUUGUCAGACUGGAUUCCCAGGCCAAUUCUUUACCUGUGCAAAAAAAAUAAAUGAUCGAGCAUCAGUAACUUGUAUCGAUGGCUUUCACUGGCCGACUGAUUACAGGCUAGUGUACCAUCUAUAUGUCUACAGCAAUGACUUGCAAUGGUAGAACAAGUGAAGAAUGCUCAAUUACUGGAGAAACUAAUACUUGUUUACAAACUUGUCAAAAUUUGUUUUAUAAAUUUUUAUAAAAUAAAAGUGGUUACCUAUGUGAAA